AUGUUUCUAUGAGAAUGGCAUGCUAUUAGUAUCAACCUUAGAAGGGUUAAGUCUCAAGCCUACGUCACAGUUCCAGAAGCCUGAGCAAAUCCAAUUGCUGUCACUUUUAACGUUCCAGGAUCUGUCCCCGUGAUCACCCCCUGCGCGUCUGUCAUCACACUGGGAAACCCAGGGACACAUCCCUGGAUCUGCGGCAGGUGCAGGUGACUGUUCCUUCCCCAGCUCCAGUAUACCCAGAAUGACAGCCGUGUUAUACUGCCACUGACUGGGCAUUUAGACCGCUCCUGGCUGAGCUCAGAUAAAUUGUAUUGGGUGGUGACAUUAAGGAGGCUAUAGUAGGAACAGAUUAUCCAGUGGGACUCAUGGAGAAGAUGUUGAGAUAAUCAGAUAAUCAAUUGGUAAAGAAGGACACUUUAAAAUAUCAAGAUGGUGAGUCGACUGCCAUCUGCUUCAGCUCUGGUUCGUUUCUGCCAGAAAUUGAACCGAAUCAAGACCCUUGAAGAUGACUUGAUGGAAACAUCCCUAAAACGUUGCCUUUCCACUGUUGACCUUACACUCUUGGGUGUAGGAGGAAUGGUGGGUUCUGGCCUUUAUGUGUUAACUGGAACGGUUGCCAAAGAGAUAGCAGGUCCAGCUGUGGUUAUAUCUUUCCUUUUUGCUGGUAUUGCCUCACUGCUUGCUGCUCUUUGCUAUGCCGAGUUUGGGGCCAGAGUACCAAAGACAGGAUCUGCUUAUAUGUUCACAUAUGUUUCUGUAGGGGAAAUAUGGGCUUUUCUGAUUGGAUGGAAUGUCAUCCUGGAAUACAUGAUAGGUGGGGCUGCAGUGGCAAGAGCCUGGAGUGGAUAUCUGGAUUCCAUGUUUGACCACAAGAUAAAAAAUUUCACUGAAACCCAUGUUGCUGCUUGGAACGUGCAAUUCCUUGCUCACUAUCCAGAUUUCUUGGCUGCCGGAAUUUUGCUUUUUGCCUCAGCAUUUAUUACGUUUGGGGUCAGAGUAUCCUCAUGGGUUAACCAUAUUUUUGCUGGUAUUAGUAUGGCAAUCAUCCUGUUUAUUCUAAUAUUUGGAUUUAUCCUUGCACAACCAAAGAACUGGAGUGCUGAAUAUGGUGGUUUUGCACCAUAUGGAUUCUCUGGCAUUAUGUCAGGGACUGCUACAUGCUUUUAUGCCUUUGUUGGUUUUGAUGUGAUAGCUGCUUCAAGUGAAGAAGCAAGGAAUCCUCAAAGAGAUAUUCCAAUUGCAACAGCUAUUUCUUUAAGCAUUGCAACAGGGGCCUACAUCUUAGUGUCUACAGUACUUACUUUAAUUGUUCCGUGGAGCACUCUGGUACCAGACUCUGCACUUUCCGAUGCAUUUUUUAGGAGAGGUUAUUCAUGGGCAGGAUAUAUUGUAGCAGCUGGUUCCAUCUGUGCUAUGAACACUGUGCUCCUGAGUAGCCUCUUCUCCCUUCCGAGGAUUGUGUACGCAAUGGCUGAAGAUGGUUUGUUCUUUCAAUUCUUUGCAAAAGUGAACCCAACCACUAAAGUACCAGUCAUUGGAAUUGUUGUAUUUGGCACUCUUAUGGCUUUAUUAGCAUUAAUCUUUGACUUGGAAGCUCUGGUACAGUUUCUGUCUAUAGGCACUCUGUUGGCCUAUACGUUUGUUGCUGCCAGCAUUAUUGUACUGAGAUUUCAGCCGGACAAAUCAGAGCCAUCCAUUCUAAGAGAACUAGAGCCAAGUCCUCACCCUCAGGACACAUCAGUUAAUGGUGAAAGGAUUACUGGAGAAGAAAUGAAGGAAUAUGAAUCUUUCUCAGAUAAACUUCAACUGGUGGACAUAGCUAAAAAAGACAAAGAGCGCAGAGAAGCUGGACAGCUGAAGGCCUCUUUUGAGCCAUACUUGAGGUUUUUGAGUGAUUGCUACCCUGGGGAAGUAGUUACAAUUGCAGUUGUUACCUUAAUGGUCUCUGCUAUAUGCAUUGGCUCAAUUUUGGUAUUUGGUACUACACAUUUGCACUUACCCAUUUGGAGUUUUUAUUUAUUGUUGACAGUUUUUAUAAUUGGAUUCUUUAUCAGCCUGUUUUUAAUUUGGGUUCAUGAAGAACAAAAGAAAAGAACAACUUUUCGGGUGCCACUGGUUCCACUGAUACCUGCUUUGAGUAUUCUUUUAAACAUAUAUCUCAUGCUUAAGCUGAACUACAUGACAUGGAUUCGGUUUUCGGUUUGGCUUGCUCUUGGCUUUAUGGUAUAUUUUGGUUAUGGCAUCUGGAACAGCAAAGAGAACCUGCGGGAGCCAAAGAACCAUGGAGUAACGGCACGUUAUGUUGUGUUUCCAAGCAGUAGCUUGGAAGAAACUGUGCAACAGAUUCAACCAAAUCCACAAGACACCAUGGGGAGGGCAGAAAUUACUAAUGAGGAACCUGUAAAGAGAUGAUACUGCUGAAAUUCAGAAAAUCCUAUAUGCUAGGAAACUUUUCUCUUGAUUCUUACAGGACAAGAAUUGAAUUGUCACCUGCACUUAGCAAUUGGGAUACACACUGCCCUAUUUUUAAAAACAAGCCCAGUGCAAUUUUAGCAGUAAGACAAUGUUAAGCAUUUGAAACUCUAAUGUAAGUUGUCUUUCAUAUCAAUCUGUAAAAUCUCAUAUAAGAGUAAAAACAUAGUAUUGUCAAAAA